AUGUCAGCAGACCAUCCGCUAGUGCUCCACGAGAGUCCCCCACGCCUCUGGCGUUCGUCUCAGCAAGCCAAUGGGAUCCAGCAUCACAAGAAGGGUUCGUCGUUGCAUAGCAUGGCAGCUGCACCUGACACAAACACCCUCUUUAGUUUAAAACAACUAGCAGAACGCCUUGCUACAAAAGGCUUUGUGUGCGUUCAUUGCGAUAUCGAUCUUCCUAAGCCACAUGAAGUUCGCGGAGUCCCCCAACCCUCGGAGUCUUUGAUGAAGCAUUUCGAGUCUGAAUUCGUCUCUUGCUUAUCUCAAUCACCCUCGCCCUUCCCUCCCGUAAUAUUCGCCCGAGGGCCAGGCUCUUUGAUUGCACAGACAUUUAUAUCGUCCCAUCGUGCAGGAGGCAUGUUCCUCAUCUCACCACCACCUUCCAACGCCGAUGUGCCGAAGCACCUUCUUCCUACCCCUCUUCCCGAAUUUGACUUUGAGAUGAAAUUUCCAAUUGCUCUCAUGGGAACUGCGGAGGAAAUCGACAAAUUACAACAGCAUCGCGACUUAACGAAGACAGGCUACGUGGACACAUACAUUGUGGAUGCAAUCGACGAGGACGCUGUCUUGCUCAAGGCAGAAGAAUGGUUAGAUGAACUAAAUAUAUAA